AUGGCCUGGGCCCACUGGGCCAAACACCUGCGCAGCGUCGCCAAAUGGACCUGCCUUUCGCUCGCUGCCCUCUUCUCCCUGUAUCUAUUCCACCAAUGCCUCCUCCCGCUCCUGGCAUUCAUCUUCCCCGUUCUGGAUCCCGCGCUCUUUGAUCUGGGCGUCUUCGGGACCUAUCCGACCCAAAACUUUAUUUCUUUUGCCCUCUCCGGACCUCAAGCCCGCCAUCCACGAUGGAAUCAAAAGUGCGAACAAGGCUUGAUCUUACUCACUCCAAAUGGACCUGCCGUUGAUCGGCCUGGCCCUAUGAUCUUGGAUGCGAUGGGUGGCCUUGUCUGGGCCGAGGACGACUAUGGCUCCACGGCUAAUCUCAAAGUCCAGCGCUACAAGGGAGAAGACUAUCUAACAAUGUGGUCCGGAGAGAAGGCAGCCACUUCUGGAAAGGGUCUCUAUUUCAUGCUCGAUUCAACUUAUCAAGUUGUGCAUGUGGUCGAAGCGGCCGGUGAUGGCCUUUUUGGCGAUUUGCAUGAGUUCAAAAUCACACCCCAAGACACGGCGCUGCUGACUGUCUACAACACAACAACCGCGGAUCUGACUGGCAUGGGAUUGGGCCGUGGAGAGGGCGGCUGGAUUGUGGACAAUCUAUUCCAGGAAAUCAACCUUGAAACCGGAGAAUUGAUAUUCCAAUGGAAAGCUUCGGAUCACUUCAACCCUGUGGAGACCUACAUGACGAAUCCAUUUGGCGGUCACUGGGAGAGCACUCCCUUCGACUACUACCACAUCAACUCGGUCGAUAAGGACUCCCAAGGCAACUACCUCAUAUCUUCUCGCCACUUUCAUCAUGUAGUGUGCGUGAGUCCCACAGGGGAGACGCUGUGGAUCCUUGGUGGCCGCGACAACCAAUUCACCGAUUUGUCCGAUGGGGAAGCCACCAAUUUCAWGUGGCAACACGACGCUCGAUGGAUGUCCGAGGAAGAUGGCAUCAUCUCACUCUUCGACAAUUCAAAAGCUGGGCCACUGCAUGCCGACGCGCCCAACAGCCGGGCACUACUAAUUCAGAUUGAUCUUCCAAACCGCACCGCAAAGCUUGUGCAGUCCAUGGUCUCACUGCAGGGCAUUCUCGCGUCCUCGCAGGGCUCCGUUCAGCGAUUACCGGAUUCGGAACAGCUUUUCGUUGGGUGGGGUUCCGCAGCAGCUUACUCCGAAUACACGCGGGAUGGUGCUCUCAUGUGUGAAACCCACCUCGGCGCUUCUUGGUUCUACUGGCAAGAGCCCAUGAAGUCGUACCGAACGACCAAAACCUUUGGCUGGGUUGGCAUGCCGAAAAAGCCACCGCAGUUGCAGAUCAAAGAUGACAUGUUGUACGUCAGCUGGAAUGGUGCGACAGAGGUUGCGUACUGGGCGCUCGAGGAGCCGCGCGGACAACAUUUUGAUGAAUUCGAUGCGUCACCGGACGCAGCCGAAGAGAUCCGAGACGAGUCCCAAGAGGUAUUCGAGACCGUCGACAUCAUCCCCAAGACUGGCUUUGAGGGCUCCUUCGAAAUCUCUUCUGCCGCAUCUGGGAAGCUCGCGCAAUACCGUGUGGCGGCCCUGGACUCAGAACACAAAGUGCUCAGUUAUUCCGAAGUCAUCGAGUAUGAUUUUGCGGCCAGCGAGUCGUCGACUUGGAUGGUACUCUUCAAACUAUUCCUAGUUGUGGGAUUCCUCGUAGGCGCGAGACUGAUCUUCAAAUACGCACGUUCUGCCGGGUAUCUCAAGGGAUUUGGCACCGCAAGACCAGGCAAUCCCACCCUCCCUGCUUGGUAUAAUUGGACCCCGACUUCGACUUCUUGGAGAUUGAAUGAUCGAUCAAAGGCGAUUGAGUGGAUUCAAAUGCAGUUGACUGCUGUGAAAUCUAGGCCGAGAUGA